AUGUCACUUCUGGGGACGUUGAACUCCAACAUUAGCGGUGCCCAAGACGGACACGAGUCCCAUAUCGCAAUGAUGGAGUCUCGCCGCCAUGAACCCACUGACAGUGUGAGCACCGAUGACACCGCUAAUGAGAAGAGUGAGGCGGGCAACGAGGAGGAAGAGAGAGAGGUCGAGGUCGCCCGCCUGGCCCGUCAACUCACCCGCCAGUCAACACGCUUCUCCGUCUCGACCCACAAUGCGGAGAACCCUUUCAUUGAAACCCGUGAGGACUCGACUCUCAACCCUAACAGUGAAAACUUCAAGGCCAAGAACUGGAUGAAGAAUCUUCUUGCUAUCCAAUCCCGCGACCCAGAACGAUACCCGAAACGUCAAGCCGGCCUGAGCUUCAGAAACCUCAGUGUCCAUGGAUUUGGCAGUCCCACAGAUUACCAGAAGGAUGUCGCCAAUGCUCUGUUGGAAAUCGGUACCCUGUUCCGCGCCAUGACCGGUACUGGCAAGCAGAAGAUCCAGAUCCUUCACGAAUUCGACGGUCUUGUCAAGAGCGGCGAGAUGUUGGUCGUUCUCGGCCGUCCUGGAUCCGGCUGUUCGACUUUCUUGAAGACCAUCGCAGGAGAGAUGAAUGGUAUCUACCGCGAUGAAAAAUCUCACAUGAACUACCAAGGAAUCUCCGACAAGCAGAUGCGCAACCAGUUCCGUGGCGAGGCCAUUUACACUGCCGAAACCGAUGUGCAUUUCCCCCAGCUUUCCGUAGGAGAUACUUUGAAGUUUGCUGCCAUGGCUCGUGCCCCCCGUAACCGUUUGCCCGGUGUCAGCCGUGAUCAGCACGCAGAGCACAUGCGUGAUGUCGUCAUGGCCAUGCUUGGUCUUUCGCACACCAUCAACACCAAGGUCGGUAACGAUUUCAUCCGUGGUGUCUCCGGUGGUGAGCGCAAGCGUGUCAGUAUCGCCGAGGCUACCCUCUGCGGUAGCCCUCUCCAAUGCUGGGAUAACAGUACCCGUGGUUUAGACAGUGCCAAUGCCCUGGAGUUCUGUAAGACAUUGAGUCUGAUGUCCCAGUACUCCGGUACUACCUGUGCGGUCGCUAUCUACCAGGCAUCCCAGAGCGCCUACGAUGUCUUCGACAAGGUUACUGUGUUGUACGAGGGCCGACAGAUCUACUUCGGCCGCACCGGCGACGCUAGAGAAUUCUUCACCACUAUGGGCUUCGAGUGUCCCGAGCGCCAGACUACCGCCGAUUUCCUGACCUCUCUCACCAGCCCAACUGAGCGUAUCGUCAAGCGUGGCUUUGAGAACAUCGCUCCCCGUACCCCCGAUGAGUUCGCCGCUGCUUGGAAGAACAGUGCUGCGUACAAGGAGCUUCUGAAAGAGAUCGCCGACUACGACCAGCAGUACCCUAUUGGUGGCGAGUCCUUCAACCAGUUCGUCGAGUCUCGCAAGGCUAUGCAGUCGAAGCAUCAGCGUGUCAAGUCUCCAUACACCCUAUCUGUCCUCCAGCAGGUCCAAAUCUGUGUGACCCGUGGUUUCCAGCGUUUGAAGGGUGACUACAGUCUGAGUAUCAGCGCCUUGAUUGGUAACACGAUCAUGGCUUUGAUUAUCGGUUCGGUCUUCUACCAGUUGGAGGGCGAUGUGACCAGUUUCUACUCUCGUGGUGCCCUUCUCUUCUUCGCUGUCCUACUCAACUCCUUCUCCAGUGCCUUGGAAAUUCUGACUCUUUACGCGCAACGUCCUAUUGUCGAAAAGCAAGCUCGCUACGCCAUGUAUCAUCCGUUUGCCGAAGCGAUCUCGUCAAUGAUAUGUGAUAUGCCGUAUAAGAUGCUCAACGCCGUCACUUUCAACAUCACGCUCUACUUUAUGACUGGGCUUCGCCAAGAGGCCGGCGCCUUCUUCACCUUCCUAUUCUUCUCUUUCGUGACUACUCUGACCAUGUCCAUGAUUUUCCGUACUAUCGCUUCGUACUCACGUACGCUGUCGCAGGCUCUGGUACCCGCUGCUAUCCUGAUCCUCGGUCUGGUCAUCUACACUGGUUUCACUAUCCCCACCCGCAACAUGCUUGGUUGGUCUCGCUGGAUGAAUUACAUUGACCCUAUUGCUUAUGGCUUCGAGACCUUGAUUGUGAACGAGUUCCACGGUCGCAACUUCCCCUGUAAACCCGAAUCUUUCAUUCCAUUUGGAGACUCCUACCUGGAUGUUGAUCCGCUCAGCAAGAUCUGCUCGGUGAAAGGAGCCGUGGCCGGUCAGGACUAUGUCACUGGAGAGGCCUACUACACUGCAAGCUUCCAGUACUCCAAUGGCCACAGAUGGAGGAAUAUGGGAAUCAUGAUUGGGUUUAUGGUUUUCUUCGCGGCCGCUUAUCUCAUCGGUACUGAGUACAUCUCCGAGUCCAAGUCCAAGGGCGAGGUUCUGCUUUUCCGUCGCGGCCACGCUCCCCCCAACAUGGGAGAUUCGGAUGACCCCGAGCAGGCCCAGAACGUAUCCACUGCCGAUAAGAAGGAUGGUGCUAGCCCCAACGGCGAAGAAUCCACUGCCGCGAUCCAGAGACAAACUGCUAUCUUCCAAUGGGAAGAUGUGUGUUACGAUAUCCACAUCAAGAAAGAGGAACGUCGCAUUCUCGACCACGUUGAUGGCUGGGUUAAGCCUGGUACCUGCACUGCUCUCAUGGGUGUUUCUGGAGCCGGUAAAACCACUCUUCUGGAUGUCCUUGCCACGCGUGUGACUAUGGGUGUUGUGACUGGUGAAAUGUUGGUUGAUGGCCGCCCUCGCGACCAGUCUUUCCAGCGUAAGACUGGCUACGUUCAACAACAGGAUCUGCAUCUCCACACUACCACCGUCCGUGAGGCUCUCCGCUUCAGUGCUAUUCUCCGUCAACCCCGUACCGUUUCUCGCCAGGAGAAACUCGACUAUGUCGAGGAGGUCAUCAAGCUUCUUGGAAUGGAACUCUAUGCCGAUGCCGUCGUCGGUGUCCCCGGUGAAGGUCUCAAUGUCGAACAGCGCAAGCGUCUUACUAUUGGUGUCGAGCUGGCUGCCAAGCCGCAGCUGCUUCUGUUCCUGGAUGAGCCUACUUCCGGUCUUGACAGUCAGACUUCUUGGUCUAUCUUGGAUCUCAUUGAUACCUUGACCAAGCACGGCCAGGCUAUUCUCUGCACUAUUCACCAGCCCUCUGCCAUGCUCUUCCAGCGAUUCGAUCGUCUUCUCUUCCUCGCCAGGGGUGGUAGGACCGUCUAUUUCGGAGACAUCGGUGACAAAUCUUCUACUCUUUCUAGCUACUUUGAACGAAACGGUGCACCCAAGCUGUCUCCCGAGGCCAACCCUGCCGAAUGGAUGCUUGAGGUAAUUGGAGCUGCCCCCGGAACUCACAGUGAGAUUGAUUGGCCUGCCGUGUGGCGCGAGAGCGACGAGCGAAAGGCAGUCAAGCAGCACCUCGCCGACCUCAAGAACAACCUCUCUCUGAAGCCCGUUGCCACCAACGACACCAAUCAAGCCGCCUUCUACGAAUUCGCUGCCCCAUUCUCCGUCCAACUCUAUGAGUGUCUCAUCCGUGUGUUCAGCCAGUACUGGCGAACCCCAAUCUACAUCUACUCCAAGAUGGCGCUUUGCGUCUUGACAUCUCUCUUUGUCGGUUUCUCCUUCUUCCACGCCCAAAACAGUAUGCAAGGUCUCCAGAACCAGAUGUUCAGUGUCUUCAUGUUGAUGACUGUCUUCGGUAACUUGGUGCAACAAAUCAUGCCACACUUCGUCACCCAGCGCGGUCUCUACGAAGUUCGUGAACGCCCCUCCAAAGCAUACUCUUGGCAAGCCUUCAUGUACGCGAACAUCAUUGUCGAACUCCCCUGGAACGCUCUCAUGUCCGUCCUUAUCUACCUCUGCUGGUACUAUCCCAUUGGUCUAGAGCGCAACGCUAGCAAUGGAGACCUCCAUGAGCGCGGCGCCCUUAUGUGGCUCCUCAUCCUGACCUUCAUGAUCUUCACCUGUACAUUCGCCCACAUGAUGAUUGCGGGUAUCGAGCUCGCUGAAACAGGAGGCAACCUUGCUAAUCUUCUCUUCUCUCUCUGCCUGAUCUUCUGUGGUGUCCUCGCUACCCCUCAACAAAUGCCCCGCUUCUGGAUCUUCAUGUACCGCGUCUCGCCAUUCACUUAUCUUGUCUCUGCAAUGCUGUCCACAGGAACCUCUGGCGCAAAUGUCGUUUGCGAGGACAUCGAGUACCUCCACUUCGAGCCGGCAGGCAACACAUGUGGGGAGUAUAUGAGCGAUUACAUCUCUGCAGCUGGAGGUUACCUUCUGAACGAGAACGCCACUACCGACUGCACUUUCUGUGCCAUCAAGCACACUGAUACCUUCCUCGGCAGCGUGGGCAGUUACUACAAGGACGCGUGGCGCAACUUCGGCCUCAUGUGGGUGUAUAUCAUCUUCAACAUUGCUGCUGCUCUGGCUAUUUACUGGCUUGCACGUGUGCCCAAGGGCACUCGCAGCAAGAAGACCAAGACUGCUUGA